UUGCUACUUUUGGGGGACAACGGAACUGUGCCCACGAUUAAAUAAAAAGAUGUUAGCCAAGUUCGUCAUUUUACGAAGUUAUGAUACUAAAUCAUAAUAUUAUAGAAUAAUAAAAGUUCUGUUCAUUUAGCUUUGGCGUUGGGCGAAUAUGCAAUCAAAAGGCUACGGUGGCUGUAAAGUGCAAUCACAAAAAUAGAAGCGAUACAACUUAAUCCCAGUCAUGUUUCUUGGAGUAAAGAUGAAUAAACUUGUAAAAAUAAUAAAAAAAAAAUACGAACAAAAACACAAAAUGUGUUUACAGUUUUCCAAUGUUGCCUCGGGUGAUAUUGGCAUACAUCAAGUGUCCGAGGGAACUUGAAAGCAUCGUAGGUAAGGAGUGACGUCCGUUAGAGCCAAUGGGAUGCGAGGAUAGUCCCACGGGUGAUAGCGAAUAGGAGAGCGACUUUAUCCCGCCACUCAAACCAAGAUGGAGGAUGUUUCCGCUCGGUGGAAUUUCGGCGGCUGCGAAUCACACCCUACAAACGUUCGUGUAGGCACUUUCGCCGUGGACAGGAAGUUACCCACCAACAGGCUAGCCAGGUCACAUUCACGAUUUCGGAAUUCCCGCAGAUGAUGAGCCGGACAGUCGUUCAGUGUCUCUGCCGUCGUCUUCUCCAACAGCCACCAGCAGAGCCAGCAGUGCGUAAAUUCAUAGUAAAUAAUUCAUGAAUGGUGGAGACGUUAGAGUUUGGCCUCAAAAUUGCUCAAACGAGUGCCAAUUAUCGGACCCUGCCGCGGAAAAGCUCCUCGGCCGCCGUUGACCCCGUUAGCCACUUUUAAUGUCAACACCCCGUCGCCCGAGUGGAAGGAAUUACCUCGCUUUUAGUCUCCAAUCGGGGGAAAAAACGAGGAGGCGCACAGCAGAAUGCCGAGCUUGACUGCACCGUGGUGAAACGAGCUCAGGACUGUGUGGAUAAAAACCCUGAGGGGGUUUGACAUUUUAGCUCUUUUUUUUUUUUUUUAUUUUUAAUAUAAAUAUAUAAAAAAAAAAUUUUUUUUUUUUGCUCUUCUUCUGGGCUGAGUGCGUUUUGGAGCAGCGCGGGGAGGAAGGCGGCAGGGGUGGCGCAGAUGAUGGCGCGGUGCUGCUCAGCCGUGCGCAGAGCCCCGGCUCUCCUGGCGCUCAUGGGCCUCCUGUUUCCCAUCCGACACGGGGCUUGCUCGGAGCUAAACGGGGGCGGCGGCUCUGGGGACCAGGACGAGUCCCCGCGCUCAGGUGCAACCCCCGCGGGGGGCCUGCACAGGCAAAGGCGCAGCUGGGUAUGGAACCAGUUCUUCGUGCUGGAGGAGUUCACGGGAAACGAGCCGCUUUACGUCGGAAAGCUCCACUCGGACGUGGACAAGGGCGACGGCAAGGUGAAGUACGUGCUGUCGGGCGAGGGCGCCACCUCCAUCUUCACCAUCGACGAGAACACGGGCGACAUCCACGCCACCAAGCGGCUGGAUCGGGAAGCGCAAGCUUACUACACGCUGCAGGCCCAAGCCGUGGACCGACUCACCAACCUGCCUGUCGAGCCCCGCUCCGAGUUUGUGGUCAAAGUCCAGGACAUCAACGAUAAUGAGCCCAAGUUCCUGGAUGGGCCCUACUUUGCCGGCGUGCCUGAGAUGUCACCCCUCGGAACCAUGGUGGUGCAAGUGGCGGCCACGGACGCCGACGACCCCACGUACGGGAACAGCGCCAGGGUGGUGUACAGCAUCGUGCACGGGCAACCCUACUUCUCCGUGGAGCCCAAGACAGGUGUCAUCCGGACGGCUUUGCCCAACAUGGACCGCGAGACCAGAGACCAGUACGUGCUGGUCAUCCAGGCCAAGGACAUGGUGGGCCAGAUGGGCGGGCUCUCCGGCACCACGUCCGUCACCGUCACGCUCACCGACGUCAACGACAACCCGCCGCGCUUUCUUCACAAGGUCAACCAGUACACCGUCCCGGAGUCGCUUCCCCUGCGGUCGGUGGUGGCCCGGAUCAAGGCGGCCGACGCCGACGUGGGCCCCAACGCCGAGAUGGACUACAGGAUCAUGGACGGGGACGGGGCCGGCGUCUUCAACAUCACCACGGACGAGACCACCCAGGAGGGCGUCCUGCUGCUUUUAAAGCCUCUGGACUUCGAAACCAAGAGCAGCUUCUCGCUGCGGGUGGAGGCCACCAACAGGAACAUCGACUCCAACUUCCUGAACCUGGGCCCGUUCAGCGACAUCACGUCGCUCAAGGUGACCGUGGAGGACGUGGACGAGCCGCCCGUCUUCGCCGCGCCGUCCAGCGGGAUGUCCGUCUCGGAGGACGCCCGCGUGGGGACGUCCAUCGGAAGGGUGUCGGCCCACGACCCGGACACGUCCAACAACGGCAUCAGGUACUCCAUCGACCGCAACACGGACAUGGAGCGCUUCUUCAACGUGGACGCGCUGAGCGGCGUCAUCAGCACGGCCAAACCUCUGGACCGCGAGGCCAACUCCGUGCACAACCUCACCAUCCUGGCCAUCGAGAGCCAGGAUCCGAACCAAAUCGGCAAAGGCGUGGCCAUCGUCACCGUGCUGGACGUCAACGACAACGCGCCCGUCUUCGCCAUCGACUACGAGACCCUCCUGUGUGAAAACGCCACGCCGGGGACGGUGAUCCAAACGGUCAGCGCCGUGGACAAGGACGAGCCUCAGAGCGGUCACCGCUUCUACUUCACCUUGGACGCCGCCGUUGCCGGAAACCUCAACUUCACCCUGCGGGAUAACAAAGACAACACGGCGUCCGUCCUGACCAAACGCGGCGGCUUCCGGAGGCGAGAGCAGCCCGCGUACCGGCUGCCCGUGCUGAUCGUGGACAGCGGCAGCCCGGCCCAGAGCAGCACCAACACGCUGUCGGUGCGCGUGUGCGAGUGCGACGCCGACGCCGUGCCGCUGUCGUGCGGCGCCGUGGCCUCCGCGGCCACCGGCCUGAGCACCGGCGCCCUCCUGGCUAUUUUGGGCUGCAUCCUCACGCUGCUCGUGCUGGUCCUUCUGAUCGUGACCACGCGUCGGCGGCGGAAGGUUCCGCUCAUCCUGGAGGAGGAGCGGGACAUCCGGGAGAACAUCGUCCGCUACGACGACGAGGGCGGCGGCGAGGAGGACACGGAGGCCUUCGACAUGGUCGCCCUGCGCAACCUCAACGUCAUCCGAGAUCCCGGCGCGCGGCGGGACGUCACGCCGGACACGCCGACCUUCUUCCAGUACUCGUCGACGACGGCUCGCCCGGCUUACAAGUCGCUCCCCGACAACGUGGUGUUCCGCGAGUUCAUCUGGGAGCGGCUCAAGGACGCCGACGUGGACCCGUCCGCCCCGCCUUACGACUCGCUGCAGACGUACGCCUUCGAGGGCAGCGGGUCGGUGGCCGACUCGCUCAGCUCGCUGGAGUCGCUCAGCGCCGACUCGGACCAGAACUACGACUACCUCGGCAACUGGGGGCCGCGCUUCAAGAAGCUGGCCGACCUGUACGGCAACGCAGACGGCGCCGGAGCGGGCGGCGGCGGGGUCGUCUUCUCGUAGCCUUUGAACGUCGACGGAUGAGAGAUUUUGUCGGGAGACCAUUUAGUCAAAGACAAGACGCGGUCGAGCGGAAGACUCUUCAAAAAGCUUUGGGUUUUGUUUACGUCGUGGGACGGAUCGGACUUCAAAUGUGGCGACUUGAAAAGAUUUCUCUCUGGGGCUGCAGCGCGGUGCGGGACGAGCGUUUCCACGUGAAAGACGACCAAGUUCGUCUUCGGCAAAAGUCGAAUCGAGUCAAGCGCGGUCCGCGCUUGCCUCAGUUCAACUCGCGCGGAGGGCCGCGAUGUCCGUGUCCGAGAAUCUCGACCCAGACAAAAAGUUGGGAAGGCGAAAUUGACGGAUGCGCGGUCACAUUUCCAGGUGGAGCUAAUUGGACUUUUUUCUCAAGUGUAGUGAGCAGCGUUGAGUUGGGUCCCCUUUGUGUGACUCCUCCAAGUCUCGCCGGACCUUUGUUACUCCCUGCUGAUGAAGAUUAUUCAAGUGCAUUUUAGGGGGACGUCCCGAAAUUUUUGGGAACGCGCACCGAGCUAACGAAGGAAACCAAACGAGGAACGGUUUGAUGUCUCACACCUUGCCAUGUCGAAAUGUCGCAUUUGUGUGGAAGUCAAAGGGUGCCAGCAGGUUUUGAAGUUGGAAUGCCAAGCGGUCACAUUUUCAAUCGUUGCCACGAUUCAACCGUCUGCGCCACCAGGCGGGGUCGCGCUUUCUUAGGAUGUGAUGUCACGUGACUACGAAAGCCCAACUGCCAUUCAAAACCUGCUGGCACUUAUUUACUUCCACACAUUUGUCUAUUGUUUUUUUUUUUUUUUUUUGGGGGGUUAUUCUGUUUAAAUUCAACCUCCUGUCGGGGUCAAGUUGG